AUGGCUCAGGUUGCAUCUAAAACGUGUGAUAUUUGCACUAGUGCUCCAGAACAACAUUUCUGUAUCGAUUGUGAACAAAAAUUUUGUGAUAACUGUAAAGUUUUACACACAAGGCAAAAAGCAACACGUCAACAUAAAUUUCAAAGAAGUUCUGAACUUCAGAAGAACGGAAACUAUAAGUGUAGGGAACAUGAUGAAGAUUAUAUUUUUAUUUGUAAAACUUGUGAUGCUCCAGUCUGUAGUCACUGCAUGGAAGAUAAAGAAGGAAAACAUAAAGAACAUGAAAUGUCCAAUAUCAAAGAAACGAUCUCUUCGUGGAAUACAAUUGUCAAAGAGGAAAUAGAAACUACCCUACAAGAAGAUAUAAGAAUCUUAAAUGAACUAGAAAAGGCGAUUGAUACCUAUGACAUUCAAGUAAAAUCCGUCAUCGAAGGAAUAAGGGGAGACGAGAAAAAAAUCAAACGGAUCUUAAAUAAAAAAAUCAAGUCAAUGAUUGCCGAUGUGAAACUGAAGACCAGCUGUGAAAAAGAUAAAAUGGUGAAUCUUGUUACAUCUACAAAAUACAGAAUUCAGACAAAAGCUGAUUUAGAAGAUAGAAGAAAACACUUAGAAAAGGAUACGACAAAUGCAGUUGUGCUUUUUAACAUGAAAACUUUGCAUUCAAAAUUUUCUGAGAUAGGAAAUGAAGUUUUACCAUCAUUUUCAUCAAUAGAAUACAAACUUAAAGAGAUCUCUGAAUUAGAUUUGCUCAGCUUGUUUGUCACUUUUAGACCACUAUCAGAUAACUUACCCGAAGGAAUUGAAAUGAGACGAGACAAAGAUGGAAACCCAUACUAUGUAUAUCAAAAAACAAAUACUAUAACAAGGGAUUUGUCAUUGCCUCCUGGAUGGGAAAAGAGGUACACUCUCUCUGGAUGCCCAUACUAUGUAGAUCACGAGACAAAAAUAAGCACAUGGAAAGAUCCAGGACACAAUAUUAAAACAUAA